AAAAACAACCAAAGUCGUACAAAAUGAAAGUGCGCAAUGCGCAUCCUUCGCUUAUCCCCUGUUUUAGCUCGUCUUGAGCGGAGAUAGGAGGGAGUGGGUUUAAGGAAUUCUAGGGUUUUUGUAGUUCUGAGAAAGGGAAUGAUGCAGACAUCGUUGAGAUGCGCAGGCGAUGCAAAAUCUCUACGUAUACAUGCCAAGGAGAAGCUCCCCAUCACCGCCGAUUCAAAAAUCCAGCUUCAGGUUCAUGGGGAACUAGAUACAGGUGUUGGAGCUCCAAGUUGGUUUGCUAUGAUAAUCCGGAACUUUUAUCCUGAGUUAUCAGCGAGCACGGGUGUGGGUUUACAGUAUGACAAAAAUGAGAAGCUCAAGUAUUGUGUGCAUGGAAAGAAGGCAUUUCCAUUAUCAUCGAAUGGCUUACUAAGCUUUAACAUCAAGGGGAGAUAUGUUGCUGAUAAAGAAUUUAAACAGGGAAAAGCAGCGGGAGCAGCUGAACUUUCUUGGAGUAUAAUCAAUUUCCAAAGGGAUCAAGAUAUAAGGCUAAAAAUAGGCUACGAGGUCUCUGACAAUGUGCCUUACUUACAGAUCAAGGAAAACAACUGGACCCUCAAUGCUGACAUGAAAGGAAAGUGGAAUGUAAGAUUCGACUUGUGAUCUCUCUCAUUCUUGAGUUUGAAGUGGGCCGCGCAGGUUUGCUCACGCAAAGAGGGAGGCGAAGAUACAUGAACGGUUAAAGACCUGACAACACACCAGAACACCCCUGCUAACCUCUCCACCUCUUUUGACGUGUGGAUCCCUAACAUUUCACUCUUAAAAUGUCAACUUUCAAGCUCGAAACUACUUCAAAGCAUCGUAUUAACUUCCUCAAGUUAUCCUCCACACCCACCUCUACCUCACAAAAAAUAAUUGUAUCAUUAGCAAAAUAUAGGUGGGAGAACCAAGGCCCCCCAUUCCCCACCUCAAAUCCCUUAACGACGUAUUUCCUCGCCCUUAUCUAGCAUAUUGCUAAACGCUACUGAGACCACCACAGACAGGCAUUAUUUAUUGAAUUCUGAAUAGGAAGACCAUCCAUUAGGUUUCCACAAUCGAUUUUCUUGAUAUUUGAGCCAUCUAAACUGGGGCUUGGACAGUUGAAGUUGAACGCUACUUGUCUUGCUUGUAACCCUGAACUACAGGGCUCCCUUGCAACCCAAAGCUCUGUAGUGCCCCCCACUAUGUUCAUCUUAUAUCCACUCGAUCCAUCUGUUUCAUCAGCU